AUGGACAAACGUACACACGAAUGGCUGGACCGGUGGAUCAGCAAUACUCGUCAUAGCAGUACCAACAAGGUACUGGCUCCUCUGGUCAAUAACGCGGACGACUGGAAUCAUUUGCGGUCUCAGAAGUACGCGGGCGACGAUAUGCUCAAAUUUUGUGCUUUCCGGCGGCUAAAGGGACUGGGUCACCAUAUUGUGUGCUCUCUCAUACAUGAUUGUGAAAUCUCCGCGCUUACCGAAGGUAAACCCACACCGCUGCACACACCGGACAAAUUGCGGCUGCACCUUAGGUUACUGGUCUCAAAUGACCAGUACAAACGCGCCUGUUAUUCCAAGAACAAACCAGUCGAGUGGGAAGCUCUUCGUAGCUUUUUUUUCAUCUGA